UCAUUCCACCCUUCCUUCCCCCACAGCUACUCAGCACCAACCAUAGAGUAAUCAUGGGUCUGACGCGCGUGCUGGUGAAAGAUGGCGGUUUUGGCACACAAAUGACCGUACAUGUGGGCAAUUCGGUGGAUGGGGAUCCCUUGUGGAGUGCCCGCUUCAAUGCCACAAAUCCCGCAGCCAUAAUUAACACCCACCUGGAUUUCCUGCAGAAUGGGGCUGAUAUCAUAUUGACGAACACUUAUCAGGCCAGUGUCGAGGGUUACAUGGAGUAUUUGGAACUGGACGAGGAGCAGAGCAUUGAGCUGAUAAGAAACACGGUUCGUCUGGCGCACAUAGCCAAGGAAAAAUAUCUGACAGAGUGUUAUCAGGCCCAGCUGGCGAUUCCAGAAGGUUAUCCUCUGAUAAUUGCCUCGAUUGGACCAUUUGGCGCCCACCUUCACGAUGGCUCCGAGUACACCGGCAGCUAUGCCGAUUAUGUGCCAGCAAAGACCAUCACCGAUUGGCACCGCACUCGUAUCGAAGCUUGUGUGGAGGCAGGAGUCGAUGCGCUGGCCAUUGAGACAAUUCCGUGCCAAAUGGAGGCGGAAGCACUGGUGGAAAUGCUUUGCGAUGACUAUCCGGAUGUCAAGUUUUGGGUCGCGUUCCAAUGCCAGGAUGAAAGCCGGCUGGCGCAUGGCGAGACCUUUGCUGAGGCGGCAAAUGCCAUCUGGGAUUUGCUGGCCGAGCGUAAUGCCCAGGACAAGUGCCUGGCCGUGGGCGUCAACUGUGUGCAUCCCAAAUUUGUGACACCUCUGUUCAAGAGCCUGAAUGGUGAACGCAACGGGGAAGAGCAAAUCCCGCUGGUCGUUUAUCCCAACAGCGGAGAGGUCUACGAUGUCGUCAGGGGCUGGGAGGGAAGGGAGCAUUGUGUGCCUCUCGCCAAUUACGUGCCCGAGUGGGCGCAGCUGGGUGCCAAAAUUAUUGGCGGCUGCUGUCGCACCUACGCCAGGGAUAUUCGCCACAUUGGCGAGGCCAUCCGCAGCUGGAACAAACUGAAGAAGAGCGCUUAAGUUGCCUCUUUAAGCUGGGGAUCUCAGUAACUGUAACGAACAAAAUGCAUUUGAAUUAGUUGUGUAUAAAUACGUAGUUAGCUAUUAAGUUUGAAUUAGAUAUUUUGAAUAAAAAAAAAUUCAAAACG